AUGCAGGGCCGCUUGAAGAUCGCAGAUUUUGGGUGGUCUGUACAAUCAAAAAGCAAGAGACAUACAAUGUGCGGAACUCUGGACCAUCUAGCACCGGAAAUGGUGGAGAACAAAGCUCAUGAUUAUGCGGUUGACAAUUGGACUCUAGGGAUCCUUUGCUACGAGUUUUUAUACAGUGUGCCUCCAUUUGAGGCCGAGAGACAGACCGACACAUUCAAAAGAAUUAUGAAGGUAGACCUCAGCUUCCCUUCAACACCUGAUGUAUCUGCUGAAGCUAAGAAUCUCAUUAGCCAGCUUCUUGUGAAGGACUCUUCAAAAAUGCUUUCUUUUCAAAAGAUCAUGGAGCAUCCUUGGAUAAUUAAGAAUGAUUCUCCCAGUGCAGCUCGGACUUUGGAUUUAGAUUCAAUUCUUGAGGCUAGAACUGGUGGGACACGACCCACUGGUGAAGUUGAAGGAAGCAAUUACAAUCAUCAUUCGAUCUUGACAAUUGCAUUCCACUUGGCUUUUGAGAAUCACUAUCGAGAAAAUGUAUUCCACUGCCAAGAUAUCCAAGUGACCUGCACAAGUUAUUCUAGAUUUACGAAGGAAGCAGUAGUACGUAUCCUAUAG